AUGCGUCCUGAAUUCCGCGACCCCGUCCCGGCGGCACCGCCGCUUUCCGAUCCCAUCGCCCCUUCCCGACCCCGACCCUGUCCCCACCACCGCCUUCCCGACCCCACCGGCAGCGGCCCCCGGGUCGUGCUCCUCGGAGGGAACCGUCCAGCCCUCCGCCCCCCUGUUGCCCCCAAACUGAAGAAACUGAAAAGCCCGAACGUUCACGUGGGUGAGAGGAUUUCCCUGAAAUGUGAGGCGACUGCCGGCAACCCUCAGCCAUCCUACAAAUGGUUUAAAGAUGGCAAAGAGCUGAAGAAGAGCAAAGACAUCCGGAUCAAGUAUGGGAAUGGGAAAAAGAUUUCCAGACUGCAGUUCAACAAGGUGAAGCUGGAGGAUGCUGGGGAGUACAGCUGCGAAGCCAAGAACGUUUUAGGGAAAGACACCGCAAAAGGCAGCCUGAAUGUGAAAAGUGGAACAACGAAAGCACCACAAGUCUUACCAGCCUCAGAAACUAAAAUAGUUGUUAUGGAAGAAGAGUUAACCACAACUCUCUCCUCCUGGUCCGGGCACGCCAGAAAAUGCAACGAAACAACCAAGUCCUAUUGUGUCAAUGGUGGGGUGUGCUACUACAUCGAGGGGAUUAAUCAGCUGUCGUGCAAGUGUCCGAUCGAAUUCACAGGAGACCGGUGUCAGCAUUUCGCAAUGGUCAGCUUCUCCAAGCAUCUUGGAUUUGAAUUAAAGGAAGCAGAAGAGCUCUACCAGAAGAGAGUUUUAACCAUCACGGGAAUCUGUGUUGCCUUGCUUGUGGUGGGCAUCGUCUGUGUGGUAGCUUACUGUAAAACCAAGAAGCAAAGGAAACAAAUGCAUAAUCACUUGCGGCAGAACAUGUGCCCUGCCCAUCAGAACCGGAGCCUUGCGAACGGGCCGAGCCAUCCACGUUUGGAUCCCGAGGAAAUCCAGAUGGCCGAUUAUAUUUCUAAGAAUGUUUCUGCCACUGAGCACGUGAUCCGAAGGGAAACAGAGACAACCUUUUCGGGCAGUCACUCCUGCUCCCCAUCUCAUCACUGCUCCACGGCCACUCCAACGUCCAGCCAGAGACACGAAAGCCACACCUGGAGCUUGGAGCGAACGGAGAGCCUGACUUCAGACUCCCAGUCUGGGAUAAUGCUGUCCUCGGUGGGAACCAGCAAAUGCAACAGCCCCGCGUGCGUGGAGGCGCGGGCUCGCCGCGGGGCCACCUUCUGCAUCGAGGACUCGCGGAGACCCACGACGCAGUACCGGGACUCGGUGGAUUCCCUGCGGGACUCACCCCACAGCGAGAGGUACGUGUCGGCCCUGACCACCCCAGCACGCCUGUCGCCCGUUGACUUCCACUACUCGAUGACCACGCAGGUGCCCACCUUCGAGAUCACGUCCCCCAACUCGGCGCACGCCGUGUCCCUGCCGCCGGCGGCUCCCAUCAGCUUCCGCGUGGAGGAACAGCAGCCCCUCCUGCGGCGCUACCAGCUCCCCUUCCAGGACACGCAGAGGUACGACAGCUACUACCAAAGGAAGACCUACCUAAACGACAGCAUGGGGAGCCUUCCUUCCAGCCCCUUCCGCAUCACGGAGGACGACGAGUAUGAGACGACGCAGGAGUACGUCACAGCGCUAGAGCAGCCAAAGAAAACAGCCAGCAGCAACAGGCGGUGGAAAAAAUCCAAACUGAACGGGCACGUCCCUCACAGAGCCAGAGCCGUCCGGGACUCCUUCUCCUUGAGCAGCGCCUCUUACAGCGAGUCUGACGAGGAGCUGGUGGCCGAGAGCACCCCGUUCCUAAGCACUCAGAACAAUGAGGCGGCGCACACAGAGUCGCCGCCGCUGCACCGGCCGGGCGACAGCCGGACUCACUAUUCCUGCAGCAGACACAGCGCCCACGGGGAGAGUGGGCGCAGCAGCCUGGCACACGUGGCGCCCAAACCGGACCCCGACCCUCUCUAGGCACCUCCCAGACUUCGUCGCACCCGCAGACACAACCGCGUGGAGGAGGCCGGAGGAGGGAGGCGAGACAAAACAGAAACAGAAACAAA